AUGGGCGCUUUCGUGAUUGUGUCUGGCUGUUUGGCCGAGUCCGCCUUUCCCAGGCCGGGUGGCAACUUCUCCGACGGCAACGCAGGCGAGGUCAUGCCGGUCGAGGACUCGAAUGUUGUCUCCGUGCAGCCUCGCUCGGGCGGCGCGCCACCGCCGCCACCCUCCUGCGACUGUGGGUGGACGACAAAGUACCCGUGUCCCGGCAGCCCAAGCGCCCUCGAGGGCGCUUGGGGCCAAGAGCUCGCAAAGGACGACGGUUCAGCCUGUUUUGACUUGUGCUGCAAGAAGCCGCCGCCGCCACCACUAGCGCCACCACUGCUGCCAGUGUGUAAAACCGGCUGCGCAUGGACGACGAAGUACCCCUGUCCCACGGAAGAUUAUCCCUUCGCACACUCCUAUGAUUGGACGACAGAGAUCGCAGAGGACGACGGAUCAGCCUGCUUCGACGUUUGCUGCAAGAUGCUACCGCCACCGCCACCCAUGCCGGAAUUUAAGUAUCCCUUCUGGAGCUGUCGAUGGAACUGGCUCGUCGGCGCUAUCAUUGUGAUAGCUUCCUCUGCAAUUCUAGAAGACCCGCGAAACAUCGAUUUCGAGAGCUUUAUGCAGAUCCUCCUAUUCCCAUGGCCCGCAAUCGCGGGAGAACAGACGUUCACUCUGCAAAGCGCGGUAAUAUGGUCCAUCGUCUUUUUGUAUGUGACAGCCUAUGUGGUAGCAGAAACCCUUUGGUCCUGGGAAUGGACAUCAUUUUACGAGGAACAAGCGAAUGCGCCCGGGAAUCCACGUCCUUUCACGAAUGCAAUCCAAGCCGCGAACUCAAAUUUCAUCGUUGGUCUCAUCCUUCUGCUCAUCCUGAUUCCGUUUCUCUUCCUGUUUGGGUUCAGGGUGUGGGAGGUUGCCAGGAUACAUUGGAGACCCCGUCGAUGGGUCCUGAUGUUGUGUGACUUGCAUCCUUACAAACAAUUCACACCGGAAGGAGCAAGGGGGGCAGCUGGGAUGACGGCUGCAGCGCCAAAGCAACAGGUCCUACCAGAUGUACAGAAGCUGCUCGUGGACGCCAAUCUCGAGGCCUUUAGCGCUGGCUUGGCCCGGCUUGGUGUGCGGGGGAUGUCGGACCUACGCGAACUGGAGGACGAUGACCUCGCGCAGCUAAGCAUGCAAAGUCUAGAGGUGAAGCGCCUCCGACGCAGACUCGACGAUGGAGCAUCUCAAGCGCCAAUGGGGCAGCCAGUACACAACGAUGAUUUAGCGCUCGCCGAAUCAGAGCAGAGCUCUCUUUACCCCAGUAUGCGCGGUGUCAACCGGAUCGACGGAGGCAAGUACUGA